CGUCUCCGCUCACCCGUUGGCCUCCUGUCAGUCUGUUUGGAUUAUUGUAGCAGCUCAGGCCUCUCACAUGCCUUCUUGUCACUGCCUCCUGGACACAAUACAGCAUAUCAUACAUGUGGAGAAUUAGGUGACGAAGAGCAGCGUUUGUUUCCCACCUCAGUGAAGAGAGAGAACAGAAGAGGAGAGCAGCCAUGGAGUUGAAGGUGCAGGGUAAGAGGAAGAGGGACUUCUAUGCCAGAGCUUUAGGAUGGCCAGUGAAGGCUCCACUAUCCCCAGUCCUGUCGUCCGCCAAAUUGACAAGCAGUUCUUGAUCUGCAGCAUAUGUCUGGACCGCUACGAGAACCCCAAAGUCCUGCCCUGCCUGCACACCUUCUGUGAGCGGUGCCUGCAGAAUUAUAUCCCGGCCCACAGCCUCACACUGUCGUGCCCCGUGUGCCGCCAGACCUCAAUCCUGCCGGAGAAGGGUGUGGCGGCGUUGCAGAAUAACUUCUUCAUCACCAACCUGAUGGACGUGCUGCAGCGGGCGCCGGGCAGCUGCAGCCAAGAGGCCGCCGCUCUCAACAACAUCACCACUGUGGCUACAGGCCAGCUACUCUCCUGCCCCAACCAUGGAGGCAGCGUGAUGGAGUUUUACUGUCCUCCGUGUGAGACAGCCAUGUGUCAGGAGUGCACGAGCGGCGAACACGGAGAGCACCCGACCGUGCCUCUUAAAGACGUAGUGGAACAGCACAAGGCCUCAUUGCACCACCAGCUAGAUGCUGUCAAGAAGAGGUUACCAGAGAUCGACUCAGCCCUGCAGAUGCUGUCAGAGAUUCUUCAGCAGCUGACCAAUCAGAAGAGCGCCAUCGAGGACGACAUCCACGCGACCUUCGAUGAGCUGCAGAAGACCCUCAAUGUCCGCAAGAGCGUUCUACUCAUGGAGCUGGAGGUCAACUAUGGCCUCAAGCAGAAGGUGCUCCAAGCCCAGCUGGACACCCUGCUGCAGGGCCAAGAGGGCAUCACCAGUAGCUGCAACUUCACGGAGCAGGCCUUGAGCCAGGGCACCGAGGCCGAGGUGCUGCUGGUGAAGAAGCAGAUGGGCGAGCGUCUCGUCGAGCUGGCCAGCCAGGAGCUUCCGCUGCAGCCCGGAGAGAACAACCAGCUGGACUUCCUCGUGGAAACGGAAGGACUAAAAAAGUCCAUCCACAACCUGGGCACUAUUGUGACCACCAACGCCGUGGCCUCCGAGACUGUGGCGACAGGCGAAGGGCUGCGGCAUUGUGUGGUAGGCGUGCCCACCUCCAUCACCAUCACUACUAAGGACAAAGAUGGAGAGCUGUGCAAGAUGGGCAACGCAGUCAUCGCCGCUGAAAUGUUUUCGCCUGACGGCAGCAAGUGUGACAGAGACGUGCUCGACAACAAGAACGGCACUUAUGAGUACCUGUUCACAGCUCCUAAAGAGGGCACGUGUACUUUAUCUCUGCGCUUAUAUGACCAACACAUCAAAGGGAGCCCCUUUAAGAUAAAAGCCACCAAAUCCAUUGACGUGUCACCGACUUCAGACGGCGUUAAGAAGAGGCUCAAGUCUCCAGGCAGCGGACACGUCAAGCAGAAGGCCAUCAAGAGGCCGGCCAGUAUGUACAGCACAGGGAGGAGGAAAGAGAAUCCCAUUGAGGACGACCUUAUCUUCAGAAUCGGCACAAAGGGAAGAAACAAAGGGGAGUUCACAAACCUGCAGGGAGUGGCUGCCUCCUCUCAGGGGAAGGUGCUGAUAGCAGACAGCAACAACCAGUGUGUGCAGAUUUUCUCCAAUGACGGCCAGUUCAGAAGUCGUUUCGGCAUCCGGGGCAGGACUCCGGGUCAGCUGCAGCGGCCGACAGGUGUGGCCGUGCACCCCAACGGCGACAUCAUCAUCGCAGACUACGACAACAAAUGGGUCAGCAUCUUUUCGAGCGAGGGCAAGUUUAAGAACAAGAUCGGCUCGGGGAAGCUGAUGGGUCCUAAAGGCGUGUCGGUGGACAGAAACGGCCACAUCAUCGUGGUCGACAACAAGUCCUGCUGCGUCUUCAUCUUCCAGGUCAACGGCAAGCUGGUCACCAAGUUUGGUAACCGUGGCAACGGUGACAGGCAGUUUGCAGGGCCUCACUUUGCUGCUGUCAACAACAACAACGAGAUCAUUGUGACAGAUUUCCACAACCACUCAGUCAAGGUUUUCAACACAGAAGGAGAAUUCUUGCUGAAAUUUGGCUCCAAUGGUGAAGGCAAUGGCCAGUUCAACGCCCCCACAGGAGUGGCGGUGGACGUCAAUGGAAACAUCAUAGUAGCCGACUGGGGCAACAGCAGGAUACAGGUGUUUGAUGGCAGCGGUUCAUUCCUCUCUUACAUCAACACGUCAGCGGACCCCCUCUACGGCCCGCAGGGACUGGCGCUCACUUCAGACGGACACGUUGUGGUCGCUGAUUCUGGCAACCACUGCUUCAAAGUCUACCGCUACCUGCAGUAGCCACUCGACACAAAGCCUGUACAGUGUACAUAUGUACAAACACGCAGUAGUGCGGAGCAACUGGAAGUUUUUGCACUCACCUGUUCACCCUUGAAUCUUGCUGUCAUUGUGCCAUCUGUUUGACCUUUCUCCCUCCCCAAACUAACACAAGAGACUAUAUUAGUGGUGCGAGGGAAGCGAGAUGACCUCUGACCUACACGAAUGGCUGCUGCUGAUUGGUGCUCACUUGAGACCUCGUUCACCUUCCAUCUUAAUGUGGAGUAUUUGAAAAGGCUUUAACGCGGUCCACAUGGUAGAACUUUGAAACUGGAAAAAAAUAAAUACAUACUUUUGCACUUGUUUUUCAAAACACUGGCUGUAUUAAGUGAAGUCAUAAUUAAAGUAAAAGGUACCUUAGUCACCUGAGAAAUAAUGAAAUUCCAUCUAUAGCAGCAGUGACUGCAGCUUCCUGCUAAAUGCUCUCAAGGGUUUUUACAUUUUGCCUCUUCACUAUAAAAGUGUUCCACCCAUUGUAGGUAUAGCAGGGUAUUUAAGAGCAUGAUUAAGACGUCUUUGUGCAUGCGAUUCUUACUCAAACACCUUAAACUGUGCGUAUGAAACAGUUUCCAGCUGACCACCUUCAAACAGAGACGCUGUUUCACUUCUAUUUGAAUGUGAAAGCUCCUCAGUGAGCUGUGUCAUCACUUUUAAUAUUAAAAAAAAAACCAACCCAGUAUGCUGACAAGUGUGACUGUAUGAAUUAAGGGUACCAAACAUAAGCCACCUGAUAUGCUUCUGCUGUGUAUGAUGCCUCUUAACAUUUCUGCUGUGAUCGUGUGCAGACCCCUCGAGUUGCAGAAUUUGAAUGAAAAGCUAAGUGCUUGGAAUGAACUCGGCAGGAUGCAUCCUAUUAAGUUUCCGAUUGAAAGAUUUCUUCAUCACGCUGAAAGUAGAGGUGCAAAACUGCGAUCACCUUCACUCCUCCAUGUGCUCUUAUAACUUAGGUUAAAUCUAUAGAGUGAGUAACAGAUUGUGUUUUAACAACACAUAAUUUGUCUACCUUCACAAUCAGCAAUAGAAAGUUUGGCAGUCAAGGCGUACGUUAAGUGAUAAUGCACUGUGUUCUUCUUGUUUGUCUUCAAGCACACAACUGUCAUUAUUUGUUAUCCAGAAUCGGGUCAUCGAUUUUCUACACGAUCUUGUAAAUUGUUUGUUUUCCAAUGUCCUGUUUAUAUUUGUAAUGCCAAAUGGAAUUAAAGUGCCCAUAGAAAUGAA